AUGGACUGGGAUCUUGAUAAUAUAUUUUCUGAAGAUGAUAUUAACUUCGAGAGUUCCCUAUUGAAAGAUCCUCAUAACUUGUCAGUAUGGCUUAAAUACUACAGAUCAGUACCAGAGAGUAAUAUCAAGUUGAGAGUUCUUAUUUUACGGAGGGCGACACAAGCAUUCCCGAGAUCUUAUAAGCUAUGGAACUUAUACUUGAGCCUUAGGAUAUCAAUACUGAAAAAAACAAUAUCAAGUUAUCACUCAGUCAACGAGGAAUUUGAAAGAGCACUUGUAUGGCUUAAUAAAUUCCCACAUGUUUGGAUGAAGUACUUGGACUUCCUAGUUGCAUCAAUGCCAUUUCUGUUCAGCAAAUCAAUAACUUUUAUACGCCAAGCUUUCAAUAGAGCGCUAGUGCAGUUACCAACUACACAACAUCACCUAAUCUGGGAAUCAUACCUAAGAUUUGCUGAUGAUAUUGGAGGACUUACUGGAGUCCAAGUGUACAAGAAUUAUCUCAAGUUUUCAGCCCCAGUAGAUUUGCAAACUUCGGAAAAUGGAAUAACGAUAAGUGAAGUGAUAUCUAAGUUGGUAGACUUUGGAGGCAUAUCGGUCUCUUUAGAAGUAUUUAAUGAAGUUUUUGAAAAAUACGAAUCCGACUACUAUAAUAUGGAGAUAUCCCAACUCCAAUUCUUAACAGAUUACGUUGAAGAUUUAAUAUCCAAGGGUGAAGGAUCUGAAGAUGUGGGUAUAAUUCGAGAUAAAGACAUCGAUUUGUUAGUUCAGAUGGGCCUCCAGAAGUUUCCAGAUCAGAUUAGUAAAUUGUACUUACUACAAACUAAGUAUUAUUCAUCGACAAAUAAUUUUCCAAAAGCAAAGUAUUUGUACGAUAAGGGAUUAAAGGAAUGCUUCACUGUCAGGGAUUUUGUAACGAUAUUUGACAGCUUUGUGGAAUUUGAAGAGAGUGUAAUUGAAGAAAUGGCAGGAAGCGGAGAAGAAGAAGCAAGUAUGGAAACCAAUCUUGGUCUAAACGUUGAGAUUUCGUUCUUAGAACACCUACUUGAUUCAAGACCAUUGCUUUUGAGUGACCUUCUCAUUAAACAGGAUCCCAAUAAUCUUGAUGAAUGGUUCAAAAGAAUUUCGAUCUACGAAAGUCAGAAUGAUAUAAACAGCGCUUUAACCACAUACGCUAAGGCUUUGACUACAAUAAACCCCUUCAAGGCACACUCCCUAAGCAAGAAUCAACUGUACACCUUACCUCAACUUUGGAUUAAGUAUGCCAACGUGUAUGCGUCCAAUGAAGAUUAUAAUACAGCUUCCAUAGUGUUGAGCAAAUCCAUACAGUCUCAAUUCCAAUCUCCCGAUGAUCUCGUAACCUUGUACAUAGAAUGGAGCGGGUUGGAAUUGAAAGCUGGGAACGAUAAGAAGGCAGUUGAAAUAAUAGACCAAGGGUGUACCUUUGUACCUGAUGACGAUGGUGAGAGUGACAUAGCAUAUGACGAUACUUCUUUGACCGUUCACAUGAGACUCCAUAAGUCUAUCAAGCUUUGGACGUAUUACAUAGAUUUAUUGGAAUCGUUUGUAGAUACUGGAAAGCCCGAGGAGAUUUCCAAAGUCUGUGACGCUUAUGAAAAAUUAAUACUUCUUAAGAUUGUGACUCCGCUAAAUAUUAUCAAUUAUGCCAAUUUCUUGGAAGAAUGGAAUUUGGUUGAAAAAUCAUUCACAAUAUAUGAGUUGGGCUUGAAAAUGUUCAGAUACCCUGUUUCCUUCGAAAUAUGGAACAUCUACUUAGUUAAAGCCAUAGCGCAUGGAGUUGAAAUUGAAAGAAUUCGAGAUUUGUUUGAACAAUGUCUUGCCGAGUGCCCCCCCAACUUAUCAAAACCAAUCAUUUUACUUUAUUCAAACUUUGAAGAGAAGAAUGGACUAUUACUAAAAUCAAUUAAAAUAUUGAAAGCGGGCAUUGAAAAGUUGAAGAAAGAGGAAGAAAGCCAAACAAAGGGACAUCAAACAAUCCUUUCUGAAUUGUAUCAAGUUUUAAUUGUGAAGCAAAUCCAAUUAAAUGAUGUGGAGUCAGUGAGAAAUACCUUCGAGGACAUUUUCAACUCUCUGGUUCACUUACUUAGUGCAAACCAGUUGAUUGACUUUGGUCUUAAAUUUAUUGACUUUGAAGCACUGCAUCAACAAUAUAACCGUGGUAAACUGUUGUUCAAAUUUAUUUGUGAAUUGAAACCGCCACAAGACUUACAAGUAGUUUGGGAUGCAUGGGAAAACUUUGAGUUAUCGCAUGGUGAUGAGAACACUUUUAAGGAUAUGCUUAGAUAUAAAAGAGGACUUUAUUCAAAGUAUGAGCAAGAGAUACAGAGUAAAUCUACUCCAAUAGGAUUCGUGAGGGCAAAACUGCCCACUGUAAUUAAGGAACCAACAAAGGUAGAAGCGAAGCCAGAAAAUCCAGAUGAAAUUGAUUUGGAAAUGGAUUGA